AGCUAUGGCAGUACAUAAGCAGCUCUGAGGCUCAUACUUCUCCCCCUCUCUGCGCUUGCUCUCGGCCCUGUCUCUUGUGCAAGAGAGCUUCAAGCCGAUCGAUCCCAACUCACUCUCUCUGUCUCUCUCUCUCUUCAAUAGUCUUUUCGUAGUCUAAAGGUUUUGAUAAAUGGGUAAGGAAAAAGUUCACAUUAACAUCGUGGUCAUUGGCCAUGUCGACUCUGGGAAGUCGACCACCACUGGUCAUUUGAUCUACAAGCUUGGGGGUAUUGACAAGCGUGUCAUCGAGAGAUUUGAGAAGGAAGCUGCUGAGAUGAACAAACGUUCAUUCAAGUAUGCAUGGGUCUUGGACAAGCUCAAGGCUGAACGUGAACGUGGUAUUACCAUUGAUAUUGCUUUGUGGAAGUUUGAGACCACUAAAUACUACUGCACUGUCAUUGAUGCCCCUGGCCAUCGUGACUUUAUCAAGAACAUGAUCACUGGUACCUCACAGGCUGACUGUGCAGUCCUUAUCAUUGACUCAACAACUGGUGGGUUUGAAGCUGGUAUUUCCAAGGAUGGUCAGACACGUGAGCAUGCUUUGCUUGCCUUUACCCUUGGUGUCAAGCAAAUGAUCUGCUGUUGCAACAAGAUGGAUGCAACAACCCCAAAGUAUUCAAAGGCAAGGUAUGAUGAAAUUGUUAAGGAAGUGUCUUCCUAUCUGAAGAAGGUGGGUUAUAACCCUGACAAGAUCCCCUUUGUCCCAAUCUCUGGAUUUGAGGGUGACAACAUGAUUGAAAGGUCAACCAACCUUGACUGGUACAAGGGCCCAACCCUGCUCGAUGCCCUUGACAUGAUUUCGGAACCCAAGAGGCCCUCGGACAAGCCUCUCCGUCUCCCACUUCAGGACGUCUACAAGAUUGGUGGCAUUGGCACUGUCCCUGUUGGCCGUGUUGAGACUGGUUUAAUCAAACCCGGCAUGGUUGUCACUUUUGGCCCAACUGGUCUCACCACUGAAGUUAAGUCAGUAGAAAUGCACCACGAGGCUCUCCUGGAGGCCCUACCAGGCGACAAUGUUGGUUUCAAUGUAAAAAAUGUUGCUGUCAAGGAUCUCAAACGGGGGUUUGUUGCCUCAAACUCCAAGGACGAUCCUGCAAAGGAAGCUGCCAACUUUACUUCCCAGGUCAUUAUCAUGAACCAUCCUGGCCAAAUUGGAAAUGGUUAUGCCCCAGUUCUCGAUUGCCACACUUCCCACAUUGCAGUCAAAUUUGCUGAGAUUCUGACCAAGAUUGACAGGAGGUCUGGGAAGGAGCUCGAGAAGGAGCCCAAAUUCUUGAAGAACGGUGAUGCUGGGAUGGUGAAGAUGAUUCCAACAAAGCCCAUGGUGGUGGAGACUUUUUCCGAGUACCCACCACUUGGUCGUUUUGCUGUGAGAGACAUGCGUCAAACUGUUGCUGUUGGUGUCAUCAAGAGUGUUGAGAAGAAGGAUCCAUCUGGUGCCAAGGUCACCAAGGCUGCUCAGAAGAAGAAAUGAUCGGUUCAUUUAAGGGUUUUCAUAUUAAGAGAAGUAGACUUAUUGUCUGUUUUAAAUUUGGUAAAUUCUGUUUUAAAUUUGGUAAAUUUUGUUUUUAUGUUCUGUUGGAUCUUGUAGCUGCUCAAUAGCCCUCCUUUGGGGGAAUGGUGGUGGUGUUAAACAUUCAGGUGCAGAUCUGAGUUCUCGACAGGCAGGCAGUCACAAAAGUGUUUUUCGUGGUAUUCUAUUUUUCUAGUAUCUGUAGUUUUUAGUUUUGAGUGAUGAAAUUUGGGUCGGAUGUGAACUUGUAAGUCUCUUGAGUUUUUAUCCAAGUAUUUGAACUCUUACAUUUGUCUCUUGAGUUUUUAUCCAAGUAUUUGAACUCUUACAUUUGGAUGCA